AUGACUCGGCCGAUGCAUCAAGAUGCCGCCGCCACCGCUGUUUUACGCAUGACUAUGGAGCUCCUACUUUUGCUGUUGAUGUUCUCAUCCUUGUUGUCGUUUACAUCAGCCACCGCCGAGUGUCCUGACAAAUGCACGUGUGAAGAAAAUAAAAUCAACUGCCUUAACCAAAAACUAGACCGGAUACCCGACCACAUACCUACGGCUACCAGAGUGCUGAUCCUGAGCCAUAAUCAAAUCAGGGAUAUCGAACCGAAAUCAUUAACUCAUCUGACAGAGUUAACGGUCUUAGAUUUGAGCUACAAUAAAAUAAGUGAUGUGAAAAUUGGUGCAUUUGCAAACCUUUCGAACCUCCGGAAAUUAUAUUUGGAUUUAAAUAAAAUCGAAAACAUCGAGACUGGGGUUUUUAAUAACUUAACACUUUUGGAAGACUUAUACUUGGCGCACAACAGAAUUCAUAAGCUUGAUUCGGAAAUGUUUAAAGGACUUACAAAACUGAAUAGACUGUUUUUAUACAAAAAUAUGAUAAGAAAAAUUCCACCUGGGAUAUUCGAUUCAUCAACGUCGUUGACUACUUUAGCGCUUGACGAAAACCCGUUUACGUGCGAUUGCGAUAUUCUGUGGUUUGUAAACUUGUUUAAGAAAAGUUACAGCAACCACAAUGUAUUUGGUUACGAGGUGCCGACGUGUCAUUUUCCAGUAGAAAUGAGUGGAAAAUUGUUGAUAGAAAUUACCGAAAACGAUGUUCAUUGCGCGUCUCCGGAUGUCAUCGAGGUACCAGAGAACAAGACGGUGUCGGUCGGUGAACAGUUACAACUCUCGUGCAAAGCCGUAGGAGACCCGGAACCUUCUAUAACGUGGGCCAAAGACGACAUCGAUCUAGAACCUGGCCAAAGAGUUCAAGUAUUUCAAAACAAUACAUUGAUUAUAUCUAAAGUGGAAAGAACGGAUGGCGGUCAAUAUAAGUGCGUGGCGUCCAAUUCUCUUGGACGAAAAUCUUUCGAGGCGAUGGUUAACGUAAACGGUUUGGCGGAAAAUGGUUCUAAUACCAUGUUUGGAGUAAUACCAUUUUUUAUUAUUAUUAUUAUAUUUGCGAAUUGCGUAUUGUAUAAUGACAUAUUGUGA